AUGAUCGAAGAGAUAGAGAUAGUCGAUCAAAAAGCUAUGAUCGAAGAGAUAGAGAUAGUCGAUCAAGAAGUUAUGAUUGAAGAGGUAGAGAUAGUCGAUCAAAAAGCUAUGAUCGAAGAGAUUGAGAUAGUUGAUCAAGAAGUUAUAAUCGAAGAGAUAGAGAUAGUCGAUCAAGAAGUUAUGAUCGAAGAGAUAAAGAUAGUCAAUCAAGAAGUUAUGAAAGGAGAAGAUGAUCAGGUUAUGAUAGCAGAAGUAGAUAAUCAAAUUUCUUCAAUCAUGCAAAAUAAAGAAAUUCAAAAGCUAUUUAAAGAAUUUCUUAACCAAAAAUUGAAUUCGGAUAAUAUAAGUUCAUAUAUAAAUAAAGAAGAUUUAUUAAGCCAAAAUCAUUCAAGAUCUCAAGAACAAUCAAGUCAAAGAUCACCAAGACAAUCAAACCAAAGUUAUUUCCAAAUUCAAGAUCGAACUAGUUUACAAGAAGGUUCAAGUUCUUUGAAUAUUAGGUCUAAAUAUUUAGAUCUUACUAAUCUUUCAAAUAACCUUCUAGUUGCUUUAAGACUAAAACCAAUUCAGACACCAAAUUGGAUGAUUAGUGGAUAUGAAGGACCAUUGAGGGCAGCCAUACAAAAUGCUUGUGCUAAACAAUCAUCAAUUGCACUUCCUCAAUGA